AUGCCCCGUCCGCAGCCUCGCAGUCUCCGUGCUGCAUCAACAGCAUCGAAGAGAAAGCACGAAGAUGAUGAUCGCAAUCCCUCAACGCCUCCAAAGCGAGCCCGUCGCAAGUCCACGACCCAGCCUAAUGUCCCUUUAUCCUCAGCCGAAGUGGUCAAUCUGACUGGCAGCUCCCCCGUCGCUACCCCGGUGAAGAAGAAUUCGCGCGUCAGUCAGGAUGAGAAUGAGAAUGAUGAUGAGUACUGGCGGAAUGCGACCCCUGAGCGUCGCGAGCGGCGGUUUCGCGCGCGCCCGCCCCGUUCAUAUCUUGAACGGCUGCAGCGUGCGAGGACACAGCGGAUGUACGUUGUUGGACACACCGUCACUGACGUUGAAGGCGUCCCGAAGAUGGAGUUUGAUAUCGUGGGGACGACUGGAAACAUCUACAAGACCACGAUUGGGAAGGUGCCGUUCUGCAAUUGCCCCGACGGCCGCAAAGGGAACCAGUGCAAGCAUAUUUGCUAUGUACCAACUGGCUCUCCUGUCCAGCGUAAGCUGCCCCAACAAACCCGGCCCGACUGGCUACCCACAGAACUCACCGCAAUACAGGAACUCCGCGACAUCCUCGAACACUCCUCCCUCACCCGCGAAGGACAACCCCAAGCCGACGACAACCAGGGCAAGCGCAGGCCCAUCGAAGGCGACUGUCCGAUCUGCUUCAUGGAAUUCGAGCCCGAGAAGGAAGAAAUCGUCUGGUGCCGCGCAGCAUGCGGGAAUAAUAUCCACAAAACAUGUUUCCAGCAGUGGGCUUUUACGCAGCGCGCGCAGGGCGUGCGAUGCGUUCUCUGGUAUGACCCCGUGUCACCGCGUAUGGAAAUAAAUACUGACGUGAUGAUUCUAGCCGCACGGCUUGGCAGUCGGACAGCAGCGACCUGA